AGAGCAAGAUGGCUGCCUCCUGGAGACGUACUCUCGUACCCCAAAAUUUUGCGGGUCGCUUGUGUCAGGUUUAAAGUCAAACAGACUCUGCCUUUCUCGAACCAUGUUCCCCCUCGGAGGUUGUGGUCGUCGGAUUGCGGCUUCUCUCACCAACCCUCACUUUUCGCUCGCCCGGUUCAGCGGUGACAGCGCUGCGCCCAGGACCCCGCACUUCGACGUGGUAGUCAUCGGCGGAGGACAUGCCGGGACCGAGGCAGCCGCCGCUGCCGCUCGGUGCGGCUCCCGGACUCUGCUACUCACGCACCGCGUGGACACGAUCGGUCAGAUGUCCUGUAAUCCUUCCUUUGGUGGCAUCGGAAAAGGGCAUUUAAUGAGGGAAGUUGAUGCUUUGGACGGCCUAUGUGCCCGAAUCUGUGACCAGUCUGGUGUACAUUACAAAGUACUAAACCGCCGCAAGGGACCAGCUGUUUGGGGUCUAAGAGCUCAAAUUGAUAGGAAACUUUAUAAACAGAACAUGCAGAAAGAAAUCCUCAAUACAGCACUGCUCACUGUUCGGGAGGGAGCUGUGGAGGAUCUCAUUCUCACAGAGCGAGAACCUGAGCACACUGGGCAAUGCCGUGUCAGUGGUGUUGUUUUGGUGGAUGGCAGCAGAGUAUAUGCGGACAGCGUGAUUCUGACUACUGGGACAUUUCUGAGAGGCAUGAUUGUGAUUGGACUGGAGAUGCAUCCGGCAGGACGUUUAGGGGAUCAGCCUUCCAUAGGGUUGGCUCAGACUCUCGAGAAGUUGGGGUUUGUGGUGGGAAGAUUAAAGACUGGGACUCCACCCCGAAUUGCCAAAGAAUCAAUUAAUUUCAGCAUUCUAAACAAGCAGACACCAGAUAAUCCACCAAAACCAUUCAGCUUUAUUAAUGAAACAGUGUGGAUUAAGCCAGAAGAUCAGCUGCCAUGUUACUUGACUCACACCAACCCUAGAGUGGAUGAGAUUGUCCUUGAGAACCUUCACCUUAAUAGUCACGUUAAAGAAACUACAAGAGGACCCCGAUACUGUCCCUCCAUUGAAUCAAAGGUUUUGCGUUUUCCAAACCGUGCACAUCAAGUUUGGUUGGAACCUGAAGGAAUAGAUUCUGACCUCAUUUACCCCCAAGGGUUAUCUGUGACACUACCAGCUGAAUUACAGGAGAAAAUGAUCACAUGCAUCAGAGGCUUGGAGAAGGCUAAAAUGGUCCAGCCAGGCUAUGGUGUUCAGUAUGAUUACUUAGACCCCCGUCAGAUCACUCCUUCUCUUGAGACCCAUUUGGUGCAACGGCUCUUCUUCGCUGGACAAAUAAAUGGCACUACUGGUUAUGAGGAAGCUGCAGCUCAAGGUGUAAUAGCUGGAAUCAAUGCAAGUCUUCGGGUUAGACACAAGCCUCCUUUUGUCAUUAGCCGAACAGAAGGCUACAUAGGAGUCUUGAUCGACGACCUCACCACACUGGGCACCAACGAACCAUACCGAAUGUUUACCAGCCGAGCAGAGUUUCGUCUGUCACUGCGCCCUGACAAUGCCGACAGCCGCCUCACUUUCCGAGGGUAUAAGGAAGCUGGCUGUGUGUCCCAACAAAGAUAUGAAAGGGCUUCUUGGAUGAAGUCUUCCAUACAAGAAUGCAUUUCUGUGCUAGAAUCUAUUGAGUUUUCAAGUUCUAAAUGGAAAAAGUUAAUUCCUGAGGCUACUAUAAGUACGGAUAAAAGUGUGCCUCUCAGAGCUCUAGAUGUUCUGAAAUAUGAGGAAGUUGACAUGGAGUCAUUGGCCAAGGCUGUCCCAGAGCCCUUGAAGAAGUACACUGAAUGUAGAGAACUAGCUGAAAGACUGAAAAUAGAAGCCACUUAUGAAUCAGUAUUGUUCCAUCAGCAACAAGAAAUAAAGAAUGUUCAGCGAGAUGAAGCUCUCCAGCUGCCAAAAGACCUAGAUUAUUUGACUCUCAGAGAUGUAUCUUUGUCCUCUGAAGUUCGGGAGAAGCUACAUUUCAGUCGCCCGCAGACGAUUGGCGCUGCUAGUCGUAUACCUGGAGUGACACCUGCCGCCAUCAUCAAUCUGCUCAGAUUCGUGAAGACCGCUCAGCAAAGACGGCCAGCUAUGCAUGAGUUGCCCAAAACUGAUCAGCAUUUAUGUGAUACAGAGAAACUUGAAGAGCAACAGUUAUAGCUUUCUAGUCAAAGAAGACUUUUAAUUAAUAUAAGUGUAUAGAUAGUAGAUAAAUAUUUGUAUUUAGCACCUGUUAAAAUAACCUUAUUAGUUAUUAUGGCGUUGUCAUUAAUUUAUGAAGAAGCCAGAGAUUAUCAUUGUGCUUUUUGUGUAUCUGAAAAAAUAAGCUCUUAAUUUACACUCUUUCUCUCAGGUGCCCUAGUACAAUGAGCCUAUUAAUAUAACUUUGUGCAAAGUUCAUGAAAGAGAGGUAAUGGACCUAAAAUGAAAGCUGGAAAAAAAAAACACUUGAAAUUUGCCUUUUCAUAAGGACUUUGUCCAUUAAAUAUACCAAAUUAAAAGUAUUAUCUUUCAACUUCUGAAAGUUAGCAGUCUUCUGCUUGUUUAUGCUAGGUUUGGAGGUGAUUUCAGAGCCCUCAGAUUUUUAGGGCUAAUAAUUUGAAACUGUACAAAAUUAUCAAGGGUCAUUCAGCUAAUUUCCAUUGUUGUAAUAUGGAGAGUGAAAGUUGACUUCUAAAAUGUAUGUACUUCUACAGGAAAACCUCACCAGUCUUUGAACUAUUGAAUGUUCAUUAAUCCCUGUAUCAUAGAAUGAUUGGGAAUCAUCAUGGUUUCCUAUCAUCCACAAUGUGAAAAACUUCUUGGUAACCUGGUUAAGGCAGAAUAAAGUAAGAGAGAAUAAAAUAAAGGUAGUUAUUUUAUAUCAUACAAUAUUUUUUUAAUGAAACUGUCAUGGCCACAAUUUCUUAACAUUGAAGACAAAUCUAAUAAUUGGUGACUAGUGUUUCCAUGUUUUGAAGUUAGAAUUGACAGAGAAAUGAGAAUGAUGUCAGCAUGCCUUUUCCUUUCCAGGACUUCCUUGAUAUGUAGUCACAAGCUCAGGGUGAGAUGACCAGCUGGGCCCUUCGGCUGGCUCCUUAGAUACCUCAACCUUUCUGGAGAGACUAGAGGAUGAAUACGACCAAGUGGGCCAUUAGGCCCUUCUUGGCCCUGGAAAUGCCCACUAAGAUCUCUUAUCAGCCUAGAGACACUCCCGUGUCAGCUUCAGGCCAAAGCAAAUAACUAAGAUAGUUCUGAGAACCCCGAAGUCACUUUGACUGUGGAUCUAGAUGUUAAGCCUGAUUAUGAGUUGGGGCAGCCAAAUAUCUUGCUGUAAUUGUAUAUGGUCACUUGUUACUCUGUUUUUAUGGAUUUGUUUCAUCUAACUUUGGUCUUUCCAUAAAGCAGUCAAGAUCAGUAGCAAGUAAAAAGUACUUGUAAUGCUGGAUUAUUUAGCAGUGAUGAAUUCUUUUUGAUACUUGAUGCAGUAAUCGCAAAAAAUAUUAACUUUUAGUUAUGGCAGAAUUAGUUAUCUGGGCAGAAUUCUUACUGCAGAGAUGAUAUUGAUUACAAUAAUUGUAUUUUUUUUAUUGUUGUUCAAUUACAGGUGUCCCCAUGUUUCCCCCAUUACUCUCUCCUGCCCUACCCAACACCCUGCACUGCUUUUUUUAAAAGAAGGUAUUCAGUAAUUGUUGAGCAUUAGAAAAGAAACCACUAUUUUUGAACUUGUUUUUCUGAUUAAAUACAAGAGUAAAAGCAGUGACUGGAGUGCUUAUUGAAUAGAAUAUAGCAAAAAAAUUAUUUUGAGGAAACAAAGUUCCUAAAUGCUUUGACAGGUUCUUGACAGCUGCACUUUGGGGCUAGUAACUCUACGCAUAUAAAGAAAUUUAGGUUUUGUAAUGCAGUUGCGUUACAAUAGGAACUCAGUGAAAAAUGUUAAGGAGAACAUUUGUUAUAAGCUCUGCCAUUGAGCUUAGGAUGUGAAACUUCUUUAAAUCUACAAUUUAAAAUAACAUGUUAACGUAUACAAAAUUACCUGACCUGAAAGAAUAUUUUGAAAUGGCCCACCUUCUGGUCCUGCUAGCCAGAAGUGCUACAGACUGUAGAAAUCGGCUAAGAAUGUAACCUCACUCAGGCCAGUCACUCCAUAAAAAUCCCCCAGCAGUGACUACUCAGCAUCCAGCAGACGGUGGCCACACUUGUGAUUUCCUCUGCCCACCACAGACCGCAUUGCCUAGUAGUUAUAAAAGCUAGGUACUGAAGUUCAUUUCAACAGAAACGCCAAAAUAAAGGGAGGAAACAGCUAGGAGAUGUUAGCAUUUGUAAAGUUAUUGGGGGAGGGAGGGAGGAUGAAGAUAGGGACCUAUGCUAAAUUAAACCAUCUGGCCUCGAAUUAUAAAGUUUCCUUAUAGCCAAGAGUUUGGAUUUUAGUACUGAUUGUUUUAAAAUAUUUUGUAAUUUUUGAGUUUCAACCAAGAUUGGAAUAGCCGUGGCUUUUCCACUUCAGAAAUACCAACUUCGAGAAGGAUACCCUGUUCAAGAGAAGUGGUCAGAAAUACCAGGAAAGCCACCAAAAGCGACUAGAGGCUCCUUUGGGGCUGGCAGAGCUGCUUAUGCUGGAAGGCACACAGCGAAGAUAAACUCCUUUUAGGCUUCCUCUUCACAGUACUUCUAGAGUUGCACUUAACUUCAUUCCACCUUAAUUUUUAAUACCUCUCUUACCCUAACGUCGUGACAAGAUAAAAGCCUCUUGAGUGCAGGCAAUGCCAUAGAUGUACACACUUAGGUCAUGCUUUUUGAGAGAGUGAAUGAAUAUUACUAAAAGCAAGGGAUGGCAAAACUAAAACUUAACUGAAUGAACAAUAAACAUAUUAAUGAC